AUGAUGCAGAAUAUCGAACGUGUGGAUGAAACGACCGACAUUACCGACUUCAGCGGUCGAAUACAGCGAUUGGACGCCAAGAUUGUAUCUCUGAUGACCGAGGCAGACCGUCACCUAUUGGCCACGUUUGACGAGACACCCGAAGCAUCUGUGGCUCAAACAAUGUGGAUGAUCAGCCGUCUGUUCAUCCAUACUGCUCGUGUACGGCUUCAUCGAUUCCGAGCCUUCAUGGAUAUCCCACUCUUUCUAGACAAAUACUGCGAUCUCACAUCAAUCAACAGCCACGGCUUCUCGCCUAAUAUGUGCACACCGAAAUGGGCAACAGACAGUGAAAAUCCCUUUCCCUUCACGGAACAAGAAUCUUCAAGCAUUUGUCUUAAGUCUUCAAUUGCGAUAGCCUCGAUAUUCCGCUCUCUUCCGUCUCCGCUUAACCUUGACAGACAAGCCACGGGCGGACAUGAUUCAUCAUUUGGGUCUGUCAAGUAUCCAAGGAUUAUUCCUUUCUUUGCAUGCUCAGCUAUGCAGGGCUGUUAUGCUCUUCUUAUGUUAUUGCACCGGCUUCGCGCCUGUAUGGCAACGGAUCGGCUUGCGACGUGUUAUCAUCUUCUUAAUAGACCGAGUCCUGCGUCAGAAAUUUCCGAUCUUGAAAGGCUGACUGAGGAGUUGCGGCAUGGUGUGGAAAUACUGGUAAGAUCUAUGAAGUCGGCUUUGAUUUUUGAAGGCGUUGGAGGUAUGGGACGUGAGAUUGAGGGUGCUUAUUUGGCUGCGUUUCCGGAUUGUCCUGGGAUAUAA